UGCACAUCUCUGUCCCGGCGUCUGCUCAAGUGUUGCACCCAACAUCGUCUAUAUCUAUCCUCGAUUGCCAGGACUCCAACCUGUCCUGACUACUUCCUAUUCCCGCAAUGCUCUCUCGAAACGCUCGUCCAGCUAUCCAGGCUGGCAGUGCAUUUCUUGCACGGAGAGCCGCCCCUGCCAAUGCCGCAAAUUUCGCGACACUCCGUGAAAUUGAAGGCCGGUUGAAGUCCAUCAAGAACAUCGAAAAAAUCACUAAAACCAUGAAGAUUGUUGCUUCCACCCGUCUUAACAAAGCCCAGAGAGCCAUGACUGAUUCGCGGGCAUACGGCCAAACAUCCAAUGCCGUAUUCGAGAACGCGGAAACCAAAUCGCUGGAGGGCAAGAAGACCCUAUUUGUCGUGGCCAGUUCGGAUAAGGGUCUGUGCGGAGGCAUCCACUCCGGCUUGAGCAAAGCUACAAGAAGGAUGGUGAUCGAACAGCCUGAUGCCGAUGUUGUUGUUCUCGGCGAGAAGGCCAAGGCCCAGCUCAGUAGGACCAACGAAAAAAACCUGAUUUUGAGCUUCGCCAAUGUCGGGAAGGAUAUCCCAACUUUCGCUGAAGCUCAGGCCAUUGCGGACCAGAUCACCCAGCUGCCAACCGACUAUGCCAGCGUUAAGAUAAUCUACAACAAAUUUGUCAAUGCUCAGUCCUACGAGCCCGUUGUUGUCGAAGCCUACUCGGAAGAGGCUAUUACCCAAUCCCCAAACCUCUCGGCUUUCGAGGUUGAAAAUGAAGUUCUCGCCAAUCUCAGGGAGUAUGCUCUUGCAAACAGCUUGUACUGGGCUCUUGCCGAAGGUCAUGCAUGCGAGAUCUCUGCUCGCCGCAAUGCUAUGGACAACGCAUCCAAGAACGCUGGGGACAUGAUUCAAAAGUUCCAGAUUCUCUACAACCGACAGCGUCAAGCCGCUAUUACCGGUGAACUGGUUGAAAUUAUCACCGGUGCCACUGCCAGUGAGGAUAUGUAAAAAAGCAGAUCGACGCAACUCGGGGGGUCGAGAAUGGAUUGGAUUGGACACGAAAAUAGAGAAAGGACAACAAGAAAUGCCAGGGCUUUCUUGGUCCCUUCUUAAUAUGUAGAUUUCUUUUUCUUUUCCAUCAACACACCGCCACAGUACUGCUGGUAUUUAGAAAUCCUUUGUUGAAAACUUGUAAAAUCAACUCUGUUAUUACUUUUCAUCGUCUCCUAAUAUAUGUAUUGUCAUCUCGCUUCCCAGAUAGUUUAAAUUCCGGGUCCUAUAUAAAUAAAUACAUCAUAUUUUCCUCGGCCCA